AUGGCAUCACAAGAAGUCCCCAAGACCUGCAAGGUCAUUCUUGCGGACACAAUCGCCAAGAAACUGCUGGCUGAGGUCAAGGAAACCUUAGCCAGCAUCCAGGCACCCGGCAGCGGCAAGCCAACGUUGGUGGCGUUCCUGGCCAACGAUGACCCUGCGGCCGACCAGUAUGCCGAAUAUUCCAAGAAGACAUGUGAGGAGAACGGCUUCAACUUCGAUCUGCGCAAGGUCGAGAAGGAGAAUCUCGAAGACGCUAUCGUAGCCGCCAACCAAGACAACACCGUCGACGGCAUCCUGGUGUACUACCCCAUCUGGAGGAACAAUAAGCAGCAAGACCGGUACAUCCAGGAGACCGUUGCGCUGUCUAAGGAUGUCGAGGGCCUCUGCCACACCCAUCUCUUCAACAUGUACCACAAUGUCCGUUUCUUAGACCCGCCCACCAAUCAGAAAAAGUCGAUCCUCCCCUGCACGCCGCUCGCCAUUGUCAAGGCACUCGAGCACCUGCAAAUCUACAACCCGAUUCUGGCCUACGGGAACCGCCUCUUCGGCAAGACCAUCACCGUCAUCAACCGCAGCGAGGUCAACGGGCGCCCGCUAGCCGCACUGCUCGCCAACGACGGUGCCACUGUGUACAGCGUCGACAUCACCGGCGUGCAGGUAUUCACUCGCGGCAGCGGCAUCCGGGCUCCGCGCCACCAAGUCCACGACAAGGAAGGGUGGGAACUCAAGGAUGUGCUUCCCCUCAGCGACGUCGUUAUCUCCGGCGUGCCGACUGAGAACUUCAAGGUGCCGACCGACCUGCUCCGGGAGGGCGCCGUGUGCAUCAAUUUCUCGAGCUAUCGCAAUUUCGAUGGGCCGUCUGUCAAAGAGAAGGCGAGUAUCUAUGUGCCCAGCAUUGGCAAGGUGACGAUUGCGGUGCUGUUGCGCAAUCUUGUGCGCCUCAUUGCGAACCGGCCGCGUCCCGAGGGGACGUCCGACGCGGAACAGAAAGCGAGGGAUGAGGCCUUCAAGGAUGACUGA